AUGUGUUGGUGUUCAUUGACGCUCUUCCUUCUUGGUGCCAUCAGCCCCUCAAUCCAUAAACUCUUGAGCUCCUUCUGUGCUCCAGCUGCUGAUCUGACUGAUUUCAAAGACUUCCCCUUGCAAGGAAGAGCUAAUCAGUCACAACCUUCAGAGCCAUAUUCUUUGUCACCCUCUGCCCCCGAGACCAGCCAACACCUUACUCCAGGCUUAGCUCCUACUUGCCGAUCGACCAGGAGCUCCCGGAUUCAGCAGUAUUAUUCCACCCAGGUGAAGGCGCGAUCAGCUGCCUGGUUAGCAGGCAUCUGCGGGCCUCCUGCACCUAACCUCUCUCUGGGCGUGUAUUUCUGCAGCAAAGAUGUGACUCUGGAGGCUGUGGGCCACUUCUUCCACCUGCUGGCUGAGACGUGUGAGGCUACUGAGCUUCUCUUGAAGAUGCAAAACCAGUGCAGCAGCCAUACCCUCUUCCAGGAUGUGCAGAGGCUGUCCCAGGAUGAGUGUAAGACCCUGGAUGCCACAGAAACUGUGGUUCUGGAGAAGAACCUGAACGAGGCCCUUUUGGAUCUGCAUACCCUGGGUUCUGCCUGGCAAGAUCCCCAGCGCUGUGACUUCCUGGAGAAGCACUUCCUGGAUGAGGAGGUAAAACUUACUAAGGAGAUGAAUGACCACCUGACUAACCUCCACAGGCUGGCUGGCUCCCAGGCUGGCCUGGGCAAGUAUCUCUCUUCCGAAGGCUCACCCAAGCAUGACUGGGAGCCCCGGAAGCCCAGCAGACUUUAG